UUCUUUUCAUCAAAAUAGAUUUUAUAUGCAAAAAAUGGAGUUAUUACGAAAUUGUUCUCUUUGGGUUUUGCCCAUUUUGUUUAUGAUUUUAUGCAGCAAUGGUGUUAAUGCUUCACAUCAAGUUUUCAUGAGGCUACAAUCAUCAAGUGCAUUUAGUGUAAGAAAAAUUCAUAGAACUGGUUACCAUUUUCAACCUCCUAAACAUUGGAUUAAUGGUCCAAUGUAUUACAAUGGAAUUUAUCACCUAUUCUACCAGUACAAUCCAAAAGGAUCAGUAUGGGGUAAUAUUGUUUGGGCUCAUGCAGCAUCUACAGACUUAGUUAAUUGGAUCCGUUUAGAGCAUGCAAUUUAUCCAUCCAAAGUGUUUGACAAAUAUGGUACGUGGUCAGGGUCAGCCACUAUUCUUCAUAAUAAGCCUGUUAUUCUCUACACCGGAAUAAUAGACGCUAAUAAUACUCAAGUGCAGAACUAUGCUAUACCCGCCGACUUGUCUGACCCAUUACUUCGUAAGUGGAUCAAGCCCGACAAUAAUCCAUUAGUAGUCGCUGAUAAGAGCAUCAACAAGACCCAAUUCCGUGACCCAACAACAGCUUGGUUGGGCCGAGAUGGACUUUGGAGAAUAUUGGUUGGUAGUGUUAGAAGACGUAGAGGAGUAGCAAUAUUGUAUAGGAGUAGGGACUUCAUGAAAUGGAUCAAAGCAAAACAUCCACUUCAUACAUCAGCCAAAACUGGAAAUUGGGAAUGUCCUGAUUUUUUUCCAGUAUCAACGAAUCAUACAGAAGGUUUGGACACAUCAUUUGACGGCGAGAAUGUUAAACAUGUCCUUAAAGUUAGUCUUGAUGUUACUAGAUUUGAGUACUACACAAUUGGUACCUAUCACACAAAAAAGGAUAGGUACAUUCCGGAUGAUGGAAUGACUGAUGGAUGGAAGGGAUUGAGAUUAGAUUAUGGCAAUUUUUAUGCAUCAAAGACUUUCUAUGACCCUCUCAAGAAUCGAAGAGUUCUGUGGGGAUGGACCAACGAAUCAGAUGUUGUUCCAACAGAUGCUAAGAAGAAAGGUUGGGCUGGAAUUCAGGCUAUUCCUCGCAAAUUGUGGCUUGAUCCUAGUGGUAGGCACUUGGUUCAAUGGCCUAUUGAAGAAUUAGAAAUCCUGAGAAAGCAAAAGGUCGAGCUAAGAAAUCACAACUUGGACAAGGGAGAAAUGGUUGAAGUUCAAGGAAUCACAGCUGCACAGGCCGACGUUGAAGUGACAUUUUCUUUCUCAAGUUUGAAAAAUGCAGAAGAAUUUGAUCCUAGUUGGGCUGAUCUUUAUGCCCAAGAUGUAUGUGCUAUGAGGGGUUCAACAGUUCAAGGUGGACUUGGGCCAUUUGGGCUUCUAACAUUGACUUCUGAAAACUUUGAAGAGUACACACCCGUCUUCUUUAGAGUGUUCAAGGCCCAAGAUAAAUACAAAGUUCUCAUGUGCUCCGAUGCUUCAAGGUCAUCCGUUAGAAAUAAUAUUAAAAUAUACAAACCAUCAUUUGCUGGAUUUGUUGAUGUAGAUCUAUCAGACAAAAAACUGUCUCUAAGGAGUUUGAUUGAUCAUUCAGUAGUAGAAAGCUUUGGUGCUGGUGGAAAAACAUGUAUUACAUCAAGAGUCUAUCCAGCAUUAGCCAUCUUCGAUGAAGCACAUUUAUAUGCUUUCAACAAUGGCACUGAGACUAUCACAAUUGAGACUCUUAAUGCUUGGAGCAUGAAUAAACCCGAGAGAUGAUCUAAGAUGUUUAGAGAAGGGAAAAAAAUGUUGUCUUUUCACUCUUUGUUCUAUUUCUAUUUUAACCCUUUUUCCUUGAAGAAAAUUUGUAUAGAUUUGCUGCUUCUUGCAAUGCUGGAUUAGGAUGCUAUUGGUAUUACAAUUCAGUUAUGUUUUCUAUUAAAGCUGAAUAUUUGCUGUUUGGUAUUAUAUAGAAUGGAACGAUCUUUUGCUAA